UCGCAAGACCAAACGAAACCUUAGCAAACAAACCACCACUUCACCACAACUGCAUUCUAGUCUUUCUAGAUACACAUUAGAGAAGAGAACCGCUUUCAGUGGCUUCGGGUGUGUGUGGCCGAGGUUUGGAUGCCCUGGAAGGCUUUUCAUGCAAUACUUUGCCAACCCAUUGUUGUUCUGAAUCUAUUCUGGUGCUGAUGGGCACAAAGCGCACAAGAUCUUGUCUUAAUGAUGAGAAUGUGGAAAGGCUCUCAUCUCCACCAGGUUUUGUGUCUCUUACAUCCUUCAUACUGAAGAGGGUGGAAAAAAGUGAAGAAACCAAUAAUUCAAUAUCCCUCGAGAGUGCAUCUAAACAAGAGCCGAUCAAGACGAGCUCCAUGUUCGACAUGACUGACAUUGCAGAGUUGAAGAGAUCUCUCCAGUGCAGACCAUGGGUGCUUUUUGACCAAAGCAAUCAGAGCCUAGAAAAAUCUGAAUCAGAACAGUUUGAUAUGGAUCUCCCUUUGAAAACUUGCCUUCCAAAAGGGGUUACUCGUGGAUGUCCAGAUUGUAGUAACUGUGUGAAGGUAACAGCAAGGUGGCAUCCUGUAGAUGCAAGAAGAGAUGUCAUUGAAGAGGCUCCUGUUUUCCACCCUACAGAAGAGGAAUUUGGAGACACAGUUAAGUAUAUUGCGAGUAUAUGUCCCAGAGCAGAACCAUAUGGAAUUUGUCGUAUUGUUCCUCCUCCUUCCUGGCAACCUCCUUGCGUAAUUAAGGAAAGACACGUAUGGGAAGAGCCUACAUUUGUUACCCAUAUUCAGCAGAUAGAUGGGAUUAGGAAUCAGUCUUAUCAGAGUAAAAUGGCUAGAUUUAAUGAAAAUAUGAAGGGUAAGAGGAGAAGAAGAUUGAGAAUGGGUUCAGACUACGAGUCUGGUGAUGAAGAUACAACAAACCGGGAUGACACUGGACAUUUUGAUAUUGAAGGCUUCAGAUCUGAGCGUGGUCCAGAAUUUACUCUUGAAACUUUUAAGAGAUAUGCAGAUGAUUUCAAGUGCCAAUAUUUUUGUAAUGGAGCCAAAGUUACAGGUCCGGAUAAAAAUUCAAUUGAGUUUCAAAAGCAGUGGGAACCAUCGGUGGAAAAUAUCGAGGGUGAAUACAUACAUAUUGUUGAGAAUCCAACUGAAGAAAUUGAGGUACUUUGCGGUAAAAAUCUGGACAUUGGAGUUUUUGGCAGUGGAUUUCCAAGGGUAUCCCAUCCUGUGGAGAUAUCUGGUGAUCAUAAGUAUUCGAAAUCAGGCUGGAACUUAAAUAAUAUACCUAAACUUCCUGGUUCUUUGCUUUCUUUCGAAAGCUGGGAGAGUUCUCAUAUCUUUGUGCCUCGACUUCAGAUAGGGAUGUGCUUUUCUUCACUUCCUUGGAAAGCUGAAGAGCACCACUUGUUCUCAUUGUGUUACAUGCAUCUGGGUGCUCCUAAGAUAUGGUAUUGCGUUCCAGGGAGCUGUAAUAUUAGGUUUGAGGCGGCUGUGAAGAAAUACUUUCCAGAUAUGUUAGUUGAACAACCUGAGUUGGGCGAUAGGCUGGAUAUGCAAUUAUCUGCCUCCAGGUUGAAGUCAGAGGGUAUACCUGUCUACCGUUGCAUUCAGUAUCCUCGGGAGUUUGUUCUUAUCCUCCCAGGAGCAUAUUAUUCAGGAUUUGAUUGUGGUUUUAAUUGUUCUGAGGUGGCAAAUUUUGCUCCCCUCAACUGGUUGCCCUUCGGGCAGAAUGCCGUAGAACUCUAUCAUGAGCAGGGGAGAAAGACAUCAAUAUCCCAUGAUAAGCUGCUGCUUCGAGCAGCUAAGGAAGCUGUCAGGGCACAAUGGGAAAUUUUACUGUAUGGGAAUAAUACACCAGAUAAUUUGAGAUGGAAAGAUGCGUGUGGAAAGGACGGGAUCUUAGCAAAAGUAUUCAAGUCACGUAUUCGGUGUGAAGGUAUUAGGAGGAAAUAUCUUUGCACCUCUUCACAGGCGCAGAAGAUGAGCAAAAAUUUUGAUGCUGCCCGCAAAAAGGAAUGCACAGUCUGCCUCUAUGAUUUACACUUCUCUGCAGCAGGUUGCCAAUGUAAUCCAAACAAAUUUUCAUGUCUGGAUCAUGCAAAGCAGCUCUGUUCUUGCCCUUGGAGUGACAGAUUUUUCCUUUACCGUUAUGAAAUGAGUGAGUUAGAUCUUCUUCUUGAAGCUUUGGAAGGAAAACAAAGGGCAGUCUACAAAUGGGCUAAAGAGGAGCUUGGAUUGUCUCUGCAAUCUGUCUCCAAAAAGAGUCCAACCUCUCAUGCAGAAGAAUCAAAACAACAGGAGCACAAAACCCAAGAUGCUGGAAAACCCAAUGGCAUUGAUAGAAAUUUUGCUUCUAGCAUCAAGGCAGAAUUGAAGGCACGGAUGCUCCAAUCCAAAAUCUCAAACGAAUUGAAAGCAAAAGGCAGCCCUGUGAAAACCCAAGAAGCAGCAGUGGAAAGCAUCACUGUUAGUACUUCUGCUUCUAGCAUCGAGGCAGAAACAGAUGCACAUACGCCCCAAACAACGAUGUCGCACAGGCCGAACGAAGAAGAUAACACAACAGCAUUUACAAUCUUUUCAAGUGCGACCGCAUACAAGGCUUUCCUUUUGCAGAGUGAGGCGAUACCUGAAGUUUCUAGUGAAAGCCGAAGUGUGUCAAGUUCCUCAGAAUCUGAAGAGGAGAUUUUGUCUUCCAGUUCAGCUAAAAUAGGUAAAAGUAAUUGCAUCCUCUAAGCAUUCAAAAGGCACUGACAUCUAAGAUCCCAAGGGGUCUCUUUUGAGCAAUUUGGCUUCCUGAGAAGCAAAUUUCAAGGAAAGUGAGUAGCGGUUGUAUUUGCGUUUUCAGAAGUAUUUUUCGGUUUUCAGUUUGAAAAAACACUCUAAUACAUUAACACGCAAUUCAAAACUUUUUUAUAAUA